UGCAAGGCAGCACAGCAUCUUCUAUCCCUUUACUCAUUUCAGAUCUAUUCAGGUCUGCCUGCAAAGAUCCAUCAGGUCAAUAAACAUGAAUGACGAAGACUUCAGCAUCGUCUACAACACGGUCCAAAAUGAGAGGGUGUAUGAGGUCCCAGACCAGCCCGAGGAAAACGAAGGUCCCCUCUAUGAUGACGUUCACGAAGACUCGGGAUCAGAAAACACUGUUGUUGCCCCGGAGCUGGAAACCCGGGAGUAUGACUCUGUGUCAGUUUGUGCUGUGGGGGGUGAGGAGAGCAGCGUAGCCUCUUCCCAACCAGAAGAAGGUGGCUACCUCCUGCCUGAUGAGGUAUGUCCUGAGGCUCAGCAUCUCCAACCAGCUGAGCCCCAGCAGGACAGGGACAUCUCAAAGGAAGAACUGUGCUCGCCAACCACGGACCAGGAGCCUGGUCCAGAGGAGCCCCAGGAGAAUGGAAGCGUGGUGGAGAAAGACCUGCCCUCUCCUGCAAACUUCACAGUCCAGAGGAGCAGGACCUUCUUCACCCAUGGGGAUUCUCCCACCUGCUAUUCUGCUGGUUUGGAAGAAAAUAAAUCAGCUUCCGUGAACCCUGAGAUCAUUCUCUUUGUGAAGCUUGGAUGGACUACUCAGAAGUUACACAUUUGGAUGCCUGGGAAUAGCAGAGCCUUGAAAGGCUUCUCCCAUGCCACGAUCCCUAAGGAGAGCCCGCUCUAGUGUCAAUAAUAAGAACACAUCAAAUAUGUCUCUGGAAACAUUUGUGAGAAGAUACAAGUCUGAGCCUGUUGCCUGUUUCCAAUUGUCCUUUCAUGGGACCAAUGAAGCAUAUAAAAAUGGAACAAUGAGCAAGUUUGAAAAAAGAUAUCUAUUCUUGUCAUAAUUUCUUCUUAAUCAGGGUUCUGGGAACACAGUCAAGUCCCAAUUUUAUUCAGAAUCAUUUUCUAGGUGCCCAUAUGGACUCGUUUACUGUGUGAAUCAAUGCCAUCAAAGAGGUCACAGAAUCCUAGAGCUAUGAUUAGAAAAUUGAAAACCUGAGAAGUCAACCAACAUGUCCACAGCUGCCUACAAAUUAAUAGCAAGCCAGAACUUUGGCUUCUCAAUCCAGGGAACUUCCUUUAUCUUGGCAUUCCUAGCCUGGGGUGCUGGAUGUUCAUAAAUAUGCUCUAGAGGUUCUGUAAUAUUCUACAAGUCUAUGCAAAUAUUUUUUUGUGUGUGAAAGAUGCUCUUGGGAGGGUCCAUAUACCCUCAAUGUUAUUUAUGACUGUGAUACAUUCCACCUUCCUUAUCUAGGUAUUCCUGCCUUGUAUGUCCAUGUGGGAGGGAGGAGAAUGUACUUUCAGUGGUCCAACCAACUCCUUUUCUUUCCUGUGGAGUCAGCCACUUGCUCUAAGCCUUUGAACAUCUCAAGAAAUCAUGGGAGGAAACCCUCACAAAAAAAGAAAUAAACAAACAUUA